ACCGUUCUGGUGCCAGGAACUGGAUCGCAAAGCAGAGAAGGAAGGAGGAAACCAGAGGGAAUAAGUGACGGAUACAAAACAACGGGGGUCAUAUUGGAUAUAUUUGGUCACUUAGCUAUGGCUACAAAGACAGAAUAGUGAGAUCUAGUGUUUUUCAGACAUGAGGCUUGGCUGAUGUUCAGUGAGAUAGCUAGCUGCUCCCGGAUUCGCUCAUCGAAGUUUUGGCUUAAGAAGUUCACAGCGGUACGGCUAGCCAUUAACGUUAUCACCGGGAGUGUUUUCUACCGCUGACACAGCCCGACUCUCACAGACAACAUGGUGUCCUGGAUGAUUUCGAGAAGCGUUGUGCUGCUGUUUGGGACCUUGUAUCCUGCAUACUACUCUUACAAAGCUGUCAAGACCAAAAAUGUCAAAGAAUAUGUGCGAUGGAUGAUGUACUGGAUUGUUUUUGCCCUUUACACUGUGGUGGAGACAAUCACUGACCUAACACUGGCAUGGUUUCCCCUGUACUACGAGCUGAAGAUAGCCUUUGUGAUCUGGCUACUAGCGCCCUACACCAGAGGAGCAAGUCUCAUUUACAGAAAGUGUCUGCACCCUCUGCUGUCCUCCAGAGAGAGGGAAAUAGAUGAGUAUAUCGUCCAGGCCAAAGAGAGAAGCUAUGAAACCAUGGUGAACUUUGGAAAGCAGGGACUGAGCAUCGCAGCCACCGCUGCUGUCACUGCAGCUGUCAAGGGUCAGGGUGCCAUCACAGAGAAGCUGCGGAGCCUCAGUAUGCAUGACCUGACACAGAUAAACCAGCAGGACGACAGAGGAAACCCGCUGUACCAGUACAGCUCCCACUCAUCCAACCCCGCCAUGAGGAGAUCUCAGAGCAGUGAUGUUGCCGAUGGCUCAGAGUACUAUUACGACCAGGAUGAGAGGACAGAUGAAGAGACUGAGCCGACGUUCUCUGAGGACGAGGCCGUUAGUCAGAAAGGACUGAGACGAUCGCAGAGCGCCAAGAUCUCACGAUCCAGAGUCCGUAAAGACGUUCGUUAUGGAUCUCUGAAGAUUAAAGGCAAGAAGAGACCAGCGCUGAGCUCUGUUAAUUAUGGAAUAUGAAAAGACUUCUGCGCGCACACACACACACACACACACACACACACACACACACACACACACACACACACACACACAUGCACGCACAGCAGAGCAGCCAGCUGAUUGGUGGAUGGUAUUGUCUAUAUUCCAGCUCUUCCUGGUCUGAUGGUUUAAUCUCUGCUGACAUAUUUAUUACCAAUUCAUCCAAAAACAGAGACUCAGAGAGUUUACUCUCAGAGAACUUUGAUGUUUGUCUUUGAGACAAUGACGUACAUAAGGUUUUUUGCAUGGACUUGUGUUUGUUUCAUCUGUCAUUCAUGUGUGUAGGUGUGAUGUUAUAUAUCUGUGGUCUUUUAGAUUUUAGAUCCAUCUGUUUGUGGUACCACUUUCCAACAAGGCAUCCUCUGUGAAGAGGACUGACUAAUGACUUAACUAUUAAUAAAGCCAUUAACUAAUGCUUUAAAGUGCAGUUAUAAGCUAUUAAUAAGAACAACUUGUAGGUGGCCAGGUUUUGAAAAAUCCAUUUUAACCUCCUCCAACAUGACACUUGCUUUGUAGAUUUGGCCUUUUUAUUAGUGAGUCACCCAAUUUUUUCAUCAAGUUGUUGUUGAAACAUUUUAUUCAAAACGUUAAACAUUUUUAAGUGCAGACCCUAUGACCCUUAAUUAAAGCUUCAUUAAUUAGGUUUUUGGCCACUAGGGGGCGGCAGUACAAGCUGUACACACAUGUAGCAUGUUGUCACCUCUUGAAGUUGUUAUAAUGAACAUAUUAGCAACAUUAGCAUUCAUUAGGAGUUGUUUCUCACUCUUGGCUCACAUUACAAAUUGAUCCAUUGUUAAUAUAAAAAUAAUGACAAAAUCAGCUCAUUUGAACGAACACAUUCUUCCUCUUACAAAUGAAAAUUUGAAUUCAUGAGCAGUAAAACACACCACUGCUCGUCUCAGUGCUCUCAGGGGUUUUACAGCUUGUCGUACUGUGUUAUGACCAAUCGCGUAUGGUGACUAAUGUUAACAAACUUUAGAUGGAUAUGACUUGUAACAUUAUAGAGUCAUGUCCCAGACUUACACUACAGUUUAGCUUUUAUUACUUUUAUCACAGUUAAAUGAAUUGUAAGUGCCCCUUGCAGCCACAGUAGCUGCUGUCAUUCACAAUGUACACAGUUUAAAAUUUACUGAGCUACCCUUUAAUAAUGGAUAUACAAAUAACAGUAUAAUGUGAGACUGUCCACUACCUGCUGAGCAGCAAACAGCAGGUAGACACAGAAUAUUGAAUAUUGGACUUCAUAAGCCUUAGAACAUCCCAGCAUUUUUCACAGCAAACAUCAUAACAAGCCAAAGAUAUUUUUAACAACCUGGCAACCCAAAAGUUGAGUUUAUUAUUGUCUUAUAAAUGACCUGCACAGUAUUACCAUAUAAUUUAAUUAUCCGUGAAGUAAGCUGUCAGUUUCAGCUUAAAGCCCCUCAUGAAGACGACCUUUUGAAACAUGGUGCCAGUUUUGCUUCUGCUGCCUUUUGUAUUUUAUCAAUAAGGAAGCUCUGACACUAGUGUUGGAGUCUGUUAACCUCUGUAUGGCUCAGUAUAGUAACAGACUAUUUUUAUCUUGGUGGACACAUUUAGCUGCAGACAUUUGCAACAUUCCCCGUCACAGUGGUGACAAUAUGAGAGCCUGAGUCUCAUCGGGAUCCCAGCUGUACUAACUUCACCUUUGAACUUUAGGAGAGGAGGAACUGAACCUACCUCGACUCAACCUUUAUAAAAACCAGCAGAUCAACACGAUCCCUUAUUGCCAUCAGAGGAAGACAGUGGACACCAGGGAAGAGAAAACCAAAUGAAUGAAACAAAGUCAUUCCUCCAGGAACUCCCUCUCACUAUUGAUUAUUUCUUAUUUUCCUGCUUUUUACUUGUGUAUUUUUAGGGUAUUUAGGGAAUUAACUGUGUGUCCUGAUCACAUCCCUGGUUGUAAAUUUCGAGCUGUUUUUUGUUGUAUCAGUGAAUAUUAUCUUUUUGAAUUUUAUUAUUUUUGUAACCACCUGUUUUUGCACAUAUACCUCCUCCCAAAUCUUUUUUUUUUUUUUUUUUUUAUUAUCAGUGCUGUUGUUGCUCGUCAUCUCAUUUUAUAAUGUACUUUGCUGUGGGAGGAUGCAGCACCGAGUGUGAGCUUUUUAACGUUUGACUUGUUUUUGUCCUCCAGUGCUGAAGUCAGUGCUACACUGCUGACAGCCUGUAGAAGUUGCUGUGGAGAGAUAGAAGAGUCGGUAUAUGUUGUUUCUCUGGCAGAAACAUUGUCCUUCCAAUCCAUUGUUGUGCUUCUGAUUCAGCAGAACGUAUGUCCUAAAGUACAAUAACUACUAUAGACUUAUUUUGAAAAAUCAAGUGGUGUCUUCCAGGAUGACAGGGACUGUCUUGAAAGAUAAAGAAUGAGGACUGGAUUUUUUUUUUUUGCUUUGAAAUCGCAGAAGGAAGAUAUCUCUUCAUGGCCAGUUCGAAGAAGAGGAACAAUCACAGCGACCAAUAAAGCUCAGUGUGCAUAUGGACAUGUGACCAUUGUUUACUGCAGGGCUGUCACUUUUUAUCUGUCCAAAUUCAAACUAGCCGUCUAUAAGCGUAUCAGACAGUUUGAAGUAGUUUGUGUUGUAGUCCAGCAGAGGCUGCUCCUCAAAUCCACUAUCAGCUUGACCUAUUACGCCCUACUGACCUAUUAGAAAACUAAAUUAAUCAAUAAAAACGGAGGAGGACACUACAGAACCAAGCUGCACUGAUCGGAUCAAAUCAUGACACCAAAGCAUCUGAGAAGCAGAGUGUGGAAGUAUUUUGGAUUCCUCACUGUAGAAACAAAGAUGGGGCUGACUACUACAACAACAUCCACCUGCUGCAGCAGCCCAGGUGAAGCACAAACCACAGGAGCUACACACUCAUAACCAGUGGGUUAUUGCACUUUAUGGGUUUGUAUUAAUUGAAACAAAUCACAUGAUAGUUUGAAUUUCUUCAAACAUGAAGUUUUAAAAACACGACAGCCAUCAUUUUUAAGAUGGACUUCAUAAAAUGCAAAACUGGUCUUGAAGUACAACUGCAGGGGUGUUGCAUUGCGUUACAUACAUUCUGUCAUCGUUUGUGUGGAAGUCUGCACAGUCGUAUAAACAGGACGGCACAUGUGCAGUGUGUUCCCUUCUGCUUGUGUGCGUGGACACACGGCGCUCGCCACCAUCAUCAAUCAUCAAAGCAGGGAAUAUCUUUGGAAGAACAGUGUCCAUCCCUCCAGUAGAUUCCAUCGCAUUUGGAGAAUAUUUAUGCUUUAUAGACAGGAAGCUUUAGUUUGGUUUUGAAUUGAGGUGCAACAACAGGCCAAACUUGCUCAUGUCAUGAUGUCCGUUUAAUGCUCAUAACUCACUAAUGAUACCAAAGCUUCAUGUACUCACCCAGAGUGUGGCUGAGUUGUUGGGUCUGUGUAGGUAAAAUGUCUGGUGUGUGGAACGUUGGGUUUUAAAUGCAAUAAAAUAAAGGCCCUUUAAGUAAGGGCAGCAAAUGUC